CCCGCCCGCCCUGCCGAGCCUCCCGGCGUUCCGGACAGAGCCCCCCACCCCCGCCUAGUGAAUGAGCCACAAGACCUCCUCUACCUUCCGAGCGGAACACAGUUUCCACUCCUCCUCCUCCUCCUCCUCCUCCUCCUCUUCAUCCUCCUCAGCCUCCCACAACGCCCCUGCCCGGGACCUGCCCAUGGAGAAGGCUCUGAGUAUGUUUUCUGAGGAUUUCGGCAGCUUCAUGCGGCCGCAGCCUUUGGGCUUCCCAGCCCGAUCUGGGGGUACAGGCAACAUCAAGACCCUGGGAGACUCCUACCAGUUUGCAGUGGACGUGAGCGACUUCUCCCCGGAGGACAUCAUCGUCACUACAUCCAACAACCAGAUCGAGGUUCGGGCUGAGAAGCUGGCCCCAGAUGGCACUGUCAUGAAUACCUUCACCCACAAAUGCCAGCUCCCAGAAGAUGUGGACCCCACAUCGGUGACCUCAGCCCUGGGCGAUGACGGGAGCCUCACCAUCCGAGCCCGACGCCAUCCCCACCCGGAGCAUGUGCAGCAGACCUUCCGAACUGAAAUCAAAAUCUGAGGGGCCACAUGGCCUGGAGCCUCCCCGGCCUGCCCAAGGGGAGUGCCCUCCUCCAACUUCCCCCCACUAACAGGCCCGAUAGAAAAGCUUUCCUUCUCUCUUCCCCCUCCCCAACUCUAGGUUGGGGCUUGGCUGGAGCUCCGGGUUCCAUGUCUUCCAUCUUGGUCCUGGGAUCUCAAUUUCAAGCCUCUUCAUUCCCCAUCCCAACCCCGGUUCCAGCUCCCCGUCUGUGGCCCCUGGUGGGUCACUCCUGAAGCCCAGGGCCCUUCAUUUAGAUUGGGGUGGAAAUGGUGAUCCUCUUUACCCCCACUAAGGCAGGCCUCCCGCUGUACCCCGUGUAAGUUCUAGAUCAAUACAUUGGGACUCGUGCUUAGUUGGCUCUGGGUGCUAGAUCUGGACAGCUUCAAGCAGAACCUCUCUCACAGGGUGUUCUCAGCCUCUGGGAUAAGAAACUUGGAGGAAAGAGAGAGUGCUGAAGAAGAAGUGAUUUGGUUUUUAGGAGCCAGGACAGUAGGGAGACUGAUAGAAAAGAUUCUGAGUGCAUCCCUCAGUCCCUCCUGGGUCCUGGUAUAUGAGGAGUGGGUGGGGGGAGAAAUAGGAAUGAGGAGUCCCUGGAUAACAGCAAGUAAAUUACGACUUUCCCUUUUUCUUAGGAUUGGAAGCCAAAUAUGGAUAAAGGCCCAUCCAAGGGACUGGGGAAAUUCUUGGGGAGCUCUGGGACUUAUUCCCCUUCUCCCAUUCAAUCCCCUGAUGAUGCCUUAGUGGAUUUUCCUUAUCCCACACCCAACAGAGGGCUAAGAAAGGAAAGAGCUUGGUCCCCAAUUAAUCAACAUUCAAUUAUUAAGAACUUACUCUGUCCUAGCUGCUCCUCCUAUCACCAGUGACUCCAUGUCCUUAAAACCUCCUAGAGCAAUGACAGAGCACUGGACUUGGAAUCAGAAGACCUACUCUUGGUCACUUGCGCAAACUUGACCAAAUCUAUAAAAUCGCUUUAAGCCUCCAUUUCCUUAAUUGUAAAUUGAGUGGAUCAGACUAUAGUGUCCCUUCCCCUUUGAGAGCCUACGCUCCUUUAGAAUGGAUCCCAGUUCUACGACCCGACAGACUUGCCGUAGGACUCAACAGCUGUGGCUUCCUCAUUCCCUUCUCUCUGCUCCCUGCAGCUUUGCUCUGGAUCUCAUCCUGGCCAGUGGGACAGAGAAAGGGCUGUAGGGAGACCUCAAAGGAGUGUCCAUUGAUGGCAGCCUCUCCUUGGCAGGUCCCAAGCCCAUCAGCCUAGCCCAGCCAAUGAACCCGACCAGACUAUGAAGCUUUACCAUCUGAGAGUCUUUGGUGGGAAGAGAGGGGAGACCAGGGGAAUGGCAGGUUGACCACUUAAAGCAGGCGAAUAAGAAUACCAAGAAUGAAUCCUUUUAUAAAGUGCCUUUUGGAAGGCAGAUCCUGCAAGUAUUUCUCCCUCCAUUUUUCACAAGAGGAAACUGAGACUUAGGAUUUGGAUUUAUCCAUGCUCAGUAAGUGUCUGAGCUAGAGUUCAAACUGAAUUCUCCUGACCCCCGAGACCAAUUCCUUCUUUCUAUACCAAACACCAAGGUUACCACACAGCCUCCUCCCUCUCUCACUCCAACCUGAAUUCUUAUCCCAUCUUAUUCUAACCCCCUGUCUUCCCAGGUCUAGUGUAUUUGACAGGGGGCAAGCUAGGGGGCUCCUUCCUUAGCUACCACCUGUGCCCUGCGAGAGGGGAGCUGCCCAUUAGUGUCCUAUCUGUAUAUAGGGAUUUUUCUAACCUGGGUUGGUUCCCGAUAAAUUAUUUAUAACUCC